AUGAGCGAUAAAACGAGGUACAGCAAAAAGUCUGCAGACUCUGCCCCGAAGAAACGAUGUUCGUCCGACGAGCAGGCUGGCGAGUCCCCUCUUCCUAGUAAGUUAGCCAAAGUGGACGGCGUGGUGUCCAGUGAAUUACCAUCGAAUUCUCAUGGAAACAAAAAUGGGGAAGAUGGCGAUAAAGUACCAGCUAGUAUGGAAGAGAAGAAUGGUGGAAAUGAGGAGAGUGGACUAGAUUUGAAAAAGGGACCGGGGGGGGGGAUUUGUGCAGCUGUCACUGCCAAUAACCCAUCCAGCGCUGAUGCACAUGUCAGCGCCGCCAACAGUGCGCCCUCGUCGGGUGCACCCGUCUCUAGCGAUGCAAAUGAAUUAAAAACCAAGGGAAGUGCUGGUGCUGGAGAUUGCCGACCCUCAACUUCACUGGACCAGUCUGAUUCGGCCGCUAUAGCAGCCGCCGAGGCACUUGCUAGUCUCACAGGAGCAGCUGCGGGUGACGAGGCUAAACAAACGCCCUGCUCCUCCAAAAAAGUUGGACAUUAUGAGAGAAUGGGACACAAAGGUAAGCGUGGUGACCAUGAGUCCUCAAAGGAACGGUCAAAACCUGAAAGGGGUCUUCACACACAGGCAGCAGCGGCAGACAGCUCUACCUCACUGCGUGGAGUUGACAGGAAGGAUGCCGAAGACAUGCCCGAUGCGGAUGAGGAAGACGACUCAAUACCUGGAUCUUCCUCCACACAGAGUUCCUCUUUCCCAUCAGAUGAUGAUGAUGAUGAUGAUGACGGGGAGUGCGCUAUAGUGUCAGUGAAGAUGGCCCCGGAGAUCCGACAGUCAGUGGCCCUUCUGGCGCAGGUACAGAUGAGGCUGGACGCUUUGGAGAAGAAAGGUGCGCGGCUCCACCAGCGGCUAGAGCAGAAAAUGAGCCGCCAGCGCCAUCCACACGUGGACCAGCGCAGCUCCAUCAUACAGGCCAUCCCCGGCUUCUGGGUCACGGCAGUAUCCUUUUGAAUACUCCUGCACACACGGACGCACACACACCAACAAACAGUGACCAAUACACACACUUUUCCAGAUGGCAACAAAUUACUUCAUGAUUCCAAUUCAUGUACCCGUGAAUUAUGUGCAAAGAGCCUGUUUGUGUUGUUGAUUGUGAGUGUGUUGGUAUGUCACAUUUAUUUUUCCCUUGGCUCAAAGCUCAACAGUUGUUGAACCACCCUCAUCUCUCUGCUCACAUCGACAAAACAGAUGAAGGCGCUCUCAGUUACAUGACCAACCUUGAAGUAAGUAAAUAAUCACAGCGAAAAUGUAAUGAUUCUUUAAAGUCUUCCGAAUAAAUGUGCUAUUGCUGCCCUGAAAUUACAAUGUAUUCUUGUCUCUUUCUUAGAUUGAAUCCUUCAAGACCAACAAGCUUGGUUACAGAAUUGGGUUCCACUUCAAACGGAACCCUUACUUCCAGAACAACAUCAUAGUGAAGGAGCUCCACCUUGGAAUGGCAGGUGAGUGACAGAUCCAGUUGUCAUAUCUAUCUUGCUAGGAUGCCACAUUUUACAUCUUUGACAGGUAUAGAUGCAGAGGUGUAAUCAGGUAUCGUGUUUAAAUGAGGCCAAUAUUGACGAUAUCCUUCCCCUCUCACAGGAUCUCCAGUGUCUUUCUCCAACCCCAUCCUGUGGCACCGGGGUCAGGACCUGACGCUCCACAGUGAGCCCAGGAGGUCGGGACGCGGCAUCUACCAGACCUUCUUCAGCUGGUUCAGCGACCACACCAGUCCUGGCCGGGACGACAUAGCACAGGUAACGGCAUGCUCACUGCCUGGCACAGUCUGACAUGCAUGAAGUAAUCCAGCAAAGACACGUUGCACAGAUCCACUGGUGAUCACACGACUGACUUUAUUUUAGGCUCUGUAUAUAACACUCACGGUUACUGCACUAUUCCAACACACUCGUCUUCUCUCUUUGUUCUGCGUGAAUCUAUAGAUACUGAAGGAUGACCUUUUCAGAAACCCUCUCAGAUACUAUCUGACUCCACUGUGGGAACCCAGGCAGAAUGGCAGGUAAGCUGCCCAACAAAACCUAUUGUCGUAGAACUUAGUUCAAUAAGGACUUUCCAUCUUCAUGAUACUAUUACCAUGUUAUUACCACUUUAUUAUGUGCUGUAAUCUAGCCUAAAACACUACCAAACACUUUUAUUAGAAAGCAUUUUGUGUAAAAAAAAAAAGAAAGAAAGGAAAGGUCUCUUGGUUGUUCUAACUGUGACAACAUGCGGUUCCAACAGCACCAGUGGGCCCAAGCCAGCUGACAACAGCAACAGGGAGGAUUGUGUGGUGAUCUCUGACUCGGAUGAUGAUGAAGAAGAGCAGGCUAAGUCUGGACGAGGUCUUAGCAGGGAAGAGGAGGAUGAGGACGAGGAGCGUGGGGACCGAGAUGCAGGUUAGUCAAUACUGUAAUAGAGCUUUAGAAGACCAUGAUUCCAGUCCUUUAGGGCCACACUGUCUGCUGGUUUACAGAAAAUGCAAUGUGAUGAGUCAGGUUUUAUGCUCCAACACAGAUGUGCAUAACAUAUGCUCUGACUCCAGUCCUCAAGGGCCACAGUGUCUGCUGGUUUACCUCUACCUCCUGAGAAAUGUCUGUACUUGUGUAGUAAGAUGUCCCUUACUGAGUAAUCCAGGUGGAACUGAAUAGAUAGCGAAUAUGUCCUCAGAAUCAGAUGAAAGCCCAGAGGAGGAGGAUGACGGAGAGGUGGCAAUAGACGGUAAGACAUUGUCCUCGAGCAGAAAUGUUAUUCUGGAGGGUUGUUGGAUCUGCUGGUCGGCUUUGCAGCUCAGUUUAGAAUAUGAAGUCAUUGUUUGGAUGAAAAUCUAUUUAUUUGAAUGGUUCUGGAAGACUGUGAUUUUGAAAUGCAAACUCAGCAGCUUAUUCACACUGAUCUGCCAAUUUUCUGCAGAAACCAGUAGACCCAAGGAACGUUUAUACUUUAAAUGCAAGAGGCGUUUUGUACAAUCAUUGGAAGUUAUAUUUUGGAAGUUUAUUGGGUUAAGGGGUGCUUUGUGUCUAUUUGUGUAUCCAUUUUGGUUACCUGAUACUUCAAUCCACUACUCACUGUUUUCACCAUUCACACAAUCCAGUAUUAAACCCCCCUGUUUAUAUCCCAUACUAAUCACCCCAUUGGCUCAGAGUGGGAAACCCAUUAUAAAAGGUCUGAUCAUCUCCAUUCCCUAGGCUCUGAUGACAGCGACCAGGACGCCAGAGAGGAUGAGGACUCAUCGUACGGCGAGAAGGAUGAAGAGGUGGACGUGGAAGACGUGGAUGAAUCACGAGGUCGCGAGGUCAGAGACCAAGAUGAAGAGGAGGAUGUUGAGGUGGACGAAGAAGCGGACGAGAGCUAAGAUUGUUUGUUCUUCCCAAUUUCCUUUUUUUCUUAUUAUGCACAUAAGCUCAAUUAUUGUUAAUAAAUUCUAAAUGCUUGACUGCAUUUUAAAAUCAGGGUAAAUUAAAAAAGCCAGGGCACCAUGGUUUGACUGUAUAUUUGACUGUAGUCUUUGUUGGAUUUUUAAAAUAGUUUUUUUGGUAAAGAUUCUUUAUUACUGGGGUUUCAAAUUCAAAGGAUUCUAACUUAAUCCUGCGUUAGAUCUUGACUCAUUCAUUCAGUUUACUCUUAUUGAUAGGGCUACUCAACACAAAAUGAAAAUAAUACCAAUACAAUAAUAUUCUACGAGGUUUGAGACCCCUGAUUUAAUUUUGUUAAUACUGCCAAGAUUUGGCAGAAUCUCUUGUUGCAAAUGGUCCAAUAAAAAAUACUAGAUCUUUUACUGACAGGUAUCAGUGAUCACGUCUUCAACUCAAUUUAUCUUGGACUUUUUCUAUUGUAAAUCUGAUCUUUGACGAGGUAAAAAGGAGAUUUUCUGAGAGGUUGUAAUGUUAUUCCCAACCCAUCUUGGAUGCACUUCCUAUUGAACCAAAUCUUGUUCUCAGGGAUGACAUAGUCGUGAGUGUUUUCAUGGAAGGAAACUGAUUGAUUUUGUAGACCAUAUACUAUAUAAUUUUGUCUUACACUCCUGCCAUUGUUUGGGUGUAUCUGUGUAAAAUAAGUUUACUCUACAGUAGUUUGUGUUAUUUUAAUAAGAUAAAUAUAGGUAAUGUCUCCUGUGUUUUCACACCUUUCCUAUCAUAAACUUAGUGUGUAGCUGUGCACCCAUAUUAAUUCAUAUUCACACGUGUUCUAGUCAGUUUAUGUAUUUCAAUUCUUUAAGUAUAUUUUAACAUUCAUUUAGUUAUUUGUGUGGAAUCCCACAUUUUGUAACAUGAAUUGUAAUAUUUUGAGCUUGUUGCAUUCCAAAGUUUGUGUAACUUUUAGAAACUAUGGUAUCAUCACAUUUUAGUGUUUUAAAAAAUAAAUAAAUAAGUGUCUAUCAAAGUAAGUUAAGUCAGAAUGAUGACAUUUAACAGUUUUUGCAGUGACCGUUGCCUCAAAGGCAUUGACGAGUGUGGUCCGACAAAGUAACAGAACUGUAGCCCAGGGCAGGCAGCUCUUAAACUACUGGAACAAUGCUAGCUAGUGUUUUUAUGUUGUUUCUUUUCCACACAGACUGAUGGCAUUGGCAUGUACAUAUUUAAAGUUAACUUUGUGUGCAGAGUUCGGAUAUGUUAUGUUUAAAUCCUUACCUGUAGCCAUCUGGAAUUUGACAAAUAGGGUACAUUAACAAAAAGUUAUAUUUUGUGUGCUGAAUUAUUUUAUAGUAUGCAGUAGUUUUGGAAAAAAGUAACGUUUUGUUUUUUAAGAUAAAAUAAUGUCCUCAUUUUGAAUCAGACUUAAUUAAAUAGCAAG